AUGAAGCAAAAGCUCGAAACGUUGUUUUGUUUAACAAGAAAACGAUCGAUUCAGUUUCUGAUCGGUGCGUUUUUCUUGUACCUCGUACUCGUCACACUCGAAAUCCCUAUCGUUUUCAAAACCGACUUCACCACCGUAGCCACGCGCCCUCCGAGACUCCUAAGCGAGGAAGACUCGCAACUAAAGGAAUCCCCUGCGCGUCCUUUGAAAACAGUUUCCAACGCCGCCUCGCCGAGUCAACUCGCUCGCCGCAGCCUCGUUUCCGCGUUGGUCCUAAACGACGCCGCGUUCGAAUCUAACGGCAACGAUGGGUCGUUGGAGCUUUACAAGCUCGUAAAGCACGCGCGGCAGGUUGGACAGAAUCUCUGGGAGGACCUCGAAUCUGGAAAGUGGCGGACCAUUGUCUCGAGGCCCGAGAACCGGUCCGGUUCGUGUCCCGGUUCGGUUUCUCUGGCCGGUUCGGACAUCUCAGGUGUCGUACCGCUGCCGUGUGGGCUCACAUUGGGGUCCCACGUGACGGUAGUUGGGAAGCCGUUGGCGGCGCGGCCGGAUUUCGAGCCGAAGAUAGCUGUGGUGGCGGAGGAUGAAGCGGUGAUGGUAUCGCAGUUCGUGGUGGAGUUGCAGGGGCUGAAGACGGUGGACGGUGAAGAGCCUCCUAGGGUUUUUCACUUCAACCCGAGGUUGAAGGGGGAUUGGAGUGGGAAGCCUGUGAUUGAACUCAACACAUGUUAUCGCAUGCAAUGGGGUUCCGCUCUUAGGUGCGACGGUUGGAAAUCCAAGGCCGAUGAAGAUACCGUUGAUAGGAUGGUGAAGUGCGAGAAGUGGAUUAGGGAUGAUGAAGAUCACUUAGAGGAGUCUAAGUCGUCGUGGUGGUUGAAAAGACUGAUAGGGCGCACCAAGAAAGUAAAUUUUGAUUGGCCAUUCCCGUUUUCUGAGGGGAAGCUAUUUGUUCUUACCAUUAGUGCUGGGUUGGAGGGGUAUCAUGUUACUGUUGAUGGGAGACAUGUGACAUCUUUUCCUUAUCGCACUGGUUUUACACUCGAGGAUGCCACUGGGCUUUCGUUGACAGGAGACAUUGAUGUCCACUCUGUAUUUGCAGCGUCUUUGCCUUCAUCGCAUCCCAGUUUUGCCCCGCAGCGGCACCUUGAAUUUUCCACCAGGUGGCGUGCCCAGCCACUUCCUGACUCUGGGGUAGAAUUGUUCAUCGGUGUCCUCUCAGCUGGAAACCAUUUUUCUGAGCGAAUGGCGGUGAGAAAGUCAUGGAUGCAGCAUAGGCUUGUCAAAUCUGGAGCAGCGGUCGCACGUUUCUUUGUUGCACUGCAUGCAAGACAAGAAAUUAAUGUAGAGUUGAGGAAGGAAGCAGAAUUUUUUGGUGAUAUUGUUAUAGUGCCUUACUUGGAUAACUAUGACCUUGUUGUGUUGAAAACAGUGGCCAUAUGUGAAUAUGGGGUUCAUACGAUUUCUGCUAAGUAUAUCAUGAAAGGUGACGAUGAUACUUUUGUUAGAGUGGAUGCCGUUAUCAGUGAAGCGAGGAAGGUUCCAGAUGAUAUCAGCUUUUAUAUUGGGAACAUAAAUUACUAUCAUAAACCCUUGCGAUAUGGGAAAUGGGCAGUGACAUAUGAAGAAUGGCCAGAAGAGGAUUACCCACCCUAUGCUAAUGGCCCGGGUUAUAUUUUGUCAUCAGAUAUUGCCCGAUAUAUUGUAUCUGAAUUUGAAAUGCAUAAAUUAAGGUUGUUUAAGAUGGAAGAUGUGAGUAUGGGAAUGUGGGUAGAGCAAUUUAACAGCUUAAAACCAGUUCACUACUCUCAUAGCUUGAAGUUCUGCCAAUUUGGUUGCAUAGAAGACUAUUACACGGCCCAUUAUCAAUCGCCUAGGCAGAUGAUGUGCCUCUCGGGAUUGGAUGUGAUGAUAAAGGGGGAGAGGUGGGAGGGGGAGUAUAUUGAUGCAGAUACAAGUUCUGUAAAAUCAUUUGAGGGAUAG